AUGGCCUCCCUCCCCAUCAAGCUCGCCGUCCUCGAUGACUACCAUAACAUAGCAGCCCAGCACUUCGCCCACAUUGACCCUUCAAAAGUCGAGACAACCGUAUUCACCGACACAUUACCGUCGUACGCGCACCCGAAAAUAUCAGAUGCCGACCGCAAAGCCCUCGUCGACCGCCUCAGGCCCUUCUCCGCGCUUUCCACUAUGCGCGAACGCACCCCGUUUCCGGGCGAAUUGCUCCGCCAACUGCCGAACCUCAAGGUUAUAUUCGCGACGGGCGGCAACUUCCAGAGUUGGGAUCUGGAUACAAUGAAGGAUAUGGGUAUUACGGUGUGCGCUGCGCCUGGCAAGGGCAGGACGGAUGGGAAGGGUAGUGGUACGUCUCCACGGUCGCUGCCAGUCCAACAGGGGGGUGGGCAUCCAACGACACAACAUGCUUGGGCGCUCAUACUGGGGCUUGCGCGGAACGUUGCCGCGGACGACGCUGUUGUUAAGGGCAAGGGUGUGCCGGCUGGAUGGCAGACGGAGCUCGCGAUGGGGUUGCAGGGGAAGACAUUGGGCUUGGUCGGCCUAGGAAGGAUCGGAGCGCAUGUAGCAAGAGUUGGCGUUCUCGCUUUCGGUAUGAAAGUCGUAUGCUGGAGUGCGAACCUGACACAGGAGAAGGUCGACAAGCUCGCCGAAGAGUGCGGGCUGCCUGUGACUGGCGGAGGCAUGACAGAUGCGAACGAGAAGACAUUCAAAGUAGUCACGAAAGAACAGCUCUUCACAUCUUCCGACGUAGUAAGUCUGCACUACGUCCUCAGCGAACGCUCACGCGGUAUCGUCGGCGCACAGGAGCUGGGGUGGAUGAAACCAACCGGCCUCUUGAUCAAUACUUCGCGAGGCCCGCUUGUCGACGAAGCUGCGUUGCUGGACACACUGCGACACGGGCGCAUUCGUGGCGCCGCGCUCGACGUGUUUGACAUCGAGCCUCUUCCUGCCGACAGCCCAUGGCGGAGCGAAGACUGGGAUGUCAAAGGCAAGAGCAGGGUCUUACUCACACCGCACAUGGGGUAUGUCGAAGAAGGUACUCUGACGACUUGGUAUGAAGAGACGGCAGAGAAUCUAGAGAGGCUAAUAGAAAGAGAAGAGCUAUUGCAUCGACUAAUCUAA